AUGUAUUCCCAUCCAAACUUUCUUUGGCUCUAUGCCCUAAUUACCACGUUGAUCAGUCCAACACUGGCGUUGCCUUCGCUUCCAACAACCAACCCUUCGUCAACAUCGACAGUCUUCCAGUUCACUCGCAAUGGCACCUGGCUCGAAAACCUUGCAGUCCGACCUAACGGAAACCUCCUCGCGACGCGCCUUGACGCUCCUGAACUAUGGCUGAUCGACCCAGCCAACACCAACACCGCGGAAGCUGGUUCCUUAUUCUACACCUUCCCCAAUGCCACUAGUCUGCUGGGCAUCACCGAAAUCGACACAGACGCCUACGCAGUGGUCGCCGGCAACUUCUCCAUCUCUACCGUCCCAGCACCCCUGGUUCAUACGUGA